GCAGUACACUGCUGCUUUACUGUUCUUUAACUCUUUCCUCCAGCUAUUCUGUCAACUUUUUUACACAUUUUCUGAAGCAAAGCAUCACAAAUAUGGCCCACAGCCAACAAACUUCACAUUAUUCAAUUCUUAUGAACCCUAAUUCACCAAAUCUUGAACCCCUAUACCCGCGUCACUGUCAACGUUUGGUUUUAAUAAAUGGUGAUGUUGUAACUUAUAUUAUCUCAAAUUGGCCGUUCGUAACUCAUUAAACGUCCUUUUAUCUUUGUCUUUUUACCAUUCUUUCAUCUAAAUUUGUAAAUUUGUAUCUUAAAUGAUUCUGGGCAUGUGUUAACAGAGAGAACUUGAGGAUUACUACAAGCAUUUGAGAUGGGUUCUUUGGUAUUUCACUUUGUGGUUAGCUUGCUAUUUUGCAGCUUCAUUUUUGUGUAUGCAGAGGAUUUGAAGACUGCAUAUUUAAAUGUUGUUAACACUGUAUUUAUUGAUGGGAAGAGUCCCAUUGGGAGGACAGACAGUGAUUUUAUAUGUGCAACCAUGGACUGGUGGCCGCCGGAGAAGUGUGACUAUGGGACUUGUAGCUGGGACCAUUCGUCUAUGCUUAAUUUGGAUCUUAGCAAUAUUGUUUUCCUGAAUGCAAUAAAAGCUUUUUCGCCACUAAAGAUCAGAUUGGGUGGCACUUUGCAAGAUAAAGUAAUCUAUCAAACUGAAGACCAUUUGCAACCCUGCGUUCAAUUUGCUAAAAACACGUCGGAGUUGUUUGGUUUCACCGAGGGAUGCCUUCCCUUGUCCAGAUGGGAUGAAUUAAAUUCCUUCUUUAAUAAAUCUGGGGCUUUAAUUGUUUUUGGAUUAAAUGCACUGAAUGGAAGAUCCAUACAGUCGGAUAAUUCUGCCGUGGGAGCUUGGAGUUCCACAAAUGCUGCUUCUCUUAUUCGUUACACUGUCAAAAAGGGUUAUAGCAUUUAUGGUUGGGAACUUGGGAAUGAACUGAGUGGAGAUGGGGUAGGGGUACGAGUAGCAGCAGAUCAAUAUGCAUCGGAUACAAUCGUCUUGCACGACCUAAUACAAGACAUUUACAAAGGAGUUGAUGUCAAACCGAGAAUCAUAGCACCAGGAGGAUUCUAUGAACUGAACUGGUUCAAAAAAUUCAUAGAUAAAGCCGAGGGAUCACUGAAUGUGGUCACUCAUCACAUAUAUAAUCUUGGCCCAGGAGUCGAUGAGCACCUUAUCGAAAAGAUUCUUGAUCCAUCUUAUCUUGAUGGUGAGGCUGAUACAUUUAGGGGCCUCAAGAACAUCCUCAGGAGUUCUGCAUCUUCAGCAGUUGCAUGGGUUGGUGAGUCGGGAGGGGCUUACAACAGUGGCCGCAAUCAUGUCACAAAUGCAUUUGUGUUCAGUUUCUGGUAUCUGGAUCAACUCGGGAUGUCAUCAACUUUUGAUACAAAAACAUAUUGCAGACAAACUUUAAUUGGUGGCAACUAUGGAUUACUUAAUACCACGACCUUUGUUCCAAAUCCAGAUUACUACAGUGCUCUUCUUUGGCACCGAUUAAUGGGGAGAUCUGUUCUGUCAACAAAUUUUUCUGGGACGAAGAAGAUUCGUGCUUAUGCUCAUUGUGCGAAGCAAUCCCAAGGUAUCACUUUAUUGCUGAUAAAUCUAGAUGGCAAAAAUACUGUAGAUGCAAAAGUCGACUUUAAUGGAACUCUAUUGCACCGGCACAAGCAUGGACAUCAUGGGCAUAGAUCGAAAGUGAUUAAGAUGCCUCGGGCAAAUGAAGCUCGCAAAACAAGAGAAGAAUACCACCUAACUGCAAUGGAUGGAAACAUACAAAGCCAGACUAUGCUGCUGAAUGGCAAGGCAUUAACCUUAGAUUCAUCUGGGGCUAUACCUCCUUUGGAACCUAUUACAGUAACUUCAUCUGAACUUGUAAAAGUUGCUCCUUUCUCCAUCGUAUUUGUUCAUAUGCCAUAUGUUGCUCUCCCAGCUUGCAAAUAAGUGGAGGAAAACGAGCACUUAAGUCGUCCUGUGUAUUUUUUUCACCCCAUUUUGGUGGUUGAGCUAAUAAGAAUUAGCACGUGUGUUUUUAUUAGAAAUUAAAGAACAAAGUGAUUCUAUGACUAUUACAUGUAAAAAUGGAUGGAUGCUAGUUUCUAGAGGGUGAAUUGAUCACAUUUUUAAA